UGUUACUAGACGUGAGAAAUACUACCAACUUGUCUAAACAAAUCAUAAUCUAAAAUAUUGUACUUUCUAUCUUCAAUUCGGCUAUCCGUGUUCUUUGUUUUGGCUGAUUGUUAGAUAGUACCUACCAAGUCAUAACUACUAGUAGCAAUUCUCUAAGUUAUAGUACCUACCAAGUCCUAAUUACUAGUAGCAAUUCUCUAAGUUCCUUUUCAUAUUUGUAGAACUCAGUUUCUCGAAAAGACAAUAUAUCUAUAAAUGCAUGUUUUUGCAAUAUCUUGAGAGUACAAACUCAGAUUCUUUUUGGACACCCUUUUAUUUUCUUGAAUUAUUCAUACCAAGAUAGUGAAAUUUUGUUAGGGGGCUAAGACGCUAAGUAAUGGCAGGUGGGGAUGAAGGAACAUCAAGGCAACUUGAUCAAACACCAACUUGGGCUGUGGCUGGUGUUUGUGCAGUUAUAAUUCUCAUUUCUAUUGCCUUGGAAAAGAUUAUCCACAAACUUGGAACGUGGUUGACUGACAGGCAUAAAAAAGCUCUCUUUGAGGCUUUGGAGAAGGUUAAGGCCGAGUUGAUGGUUCUCGGUUUCAUCUCGUUAACCCUUGUAUUUAGUCAAUAUUACAUUGCUGGAAUUUGUAUCCCCCCAAGUGUUGCUGAUACAAUGCUUCCAUGCCCUGCGGUGCACAAAGCUGCCGACAAGGAGGAGGAACACCGUAGGAGACUUUUAUGGUACGAGCGUAGAAUUUUGGCUGGUGCACAGCCUGAAUGCAAAGAGGGACGUGUCCCUCUCAUUACUGUUGACGCACUGCAUCAAAUACACAUCCUUAUUUUCUUUUUGGCCGUCCUUCAUGUGUUAUACAGUGCUAUUACCAUGUGGCUGGGAAAACUUAAGAUUCGUGGCUGGAAACGUUGGGAGCAAGAGACUUCAACCCAUAGUUACGAGUUUUCAAAUGAUCCUUCAAGAUUUAGACUUACUCAUGAGACAUCUUUUGUCAGAGCGCAUACUAGUUUCUGGACAAGGAUCCCGAUAUUCUUUUACAUUGGAUGCUUCUUCAGACAAUUUUUCAAGUCUGUCAGUAAGUCAGACUACUUGACCCUGCGCAAUGGUUUUAUCAGUGUUCAUCUAGCUCCUGGAAGUAAAUUUAACUUCCAAAAGUAUAUCAAGAGGUCAUUAGAGGAUGACUUCAAGGUAGUUGUCGGUGUCAGUCCAGUUUUAUGGGCAUCAUUUGUGCUUUUCUUGCUUCUAAAUGUUAGCGGGUGGCAAGCAUUAUUCUGGGCAUCCUUAACUCCUCUAGUUAUUAUUUUAGCUGUUGGAACAAAGCUUCAGGCGGUUUUGACUAGGAUGGCCCUUGACAUCACAGAGAGACAUGCAGUAGUUCAAGGCAUCCCUCUUGUACAAGCCUCAGACAAAUAUUUUUGGUUUGGUCGACCACAACUGGUUCUUCACUUAAUCCACUUUGCCUUGUUUCAGAAUGCGUUCCAGAUAACAUAUUUUCUGUGGAUAUGGUAUGAGUAUGGGCUAAAAUCUUGCUUCCACGAGGCGUUUGAGCUGGUCAUUGCAAAAAUUGUUGUAGGGGUGGGAGUCUUAUUCGUAUGCAGUUAUAUCACUCUACCGCUUUAUGCCCUUAUAACUCAGAUGGGAUCCCAUAUGAAAAAAUCUAUCUUUGAUGAGCAAACCUCUAAGGCACUGAAGAAGUGGCAUAUGGCUGUGAAGAAGAAGAAGGGAGCGAGGGGAGAUAGGUCUCCUACCCGAACGCUGGGUAAUGCAAGUCCAAGGUCCACAAUGAGCUCGCCCUUGCACCCAGCUGGCCCUGGUCUUCAUCGGUUCAAAACUACCGGUCACUCAGCACGUUUGCAGGGCUACAUCAGUGAUCAAGAAGCAUCGGACCUUGAAAACGAUCCAAGAACACCGAUGAAUCGUGCAGAGACUGCAACUACACGUAUGAAUAUUGAUCAUGAUGACACAGAAAUUCAUGUGCCUGUUCCUCCAAAUGGAGAGUCUACUAGGAAUGAAGAUGACUUCUCAUUUGUGAAGCCUGCUCCUCAAAGGUGAAAAGGAAGUAGGUAGCCAACUAGGUUGGCACCUCUUUUUUCACCUUUUCCUUUUCCUUUUCCCCACUUUUUCCUCAAGUCAUAUCAAUGUGCUCAUACUUUUUAGGUAUAUCAUAUAAGCAGUUAGCAGUUCCUUGGCACAUAUAGGUGAAUUCCUUGUAUAUUUUUUACAUGAAAUUUCCAUGUAAUGAUCUCUAACACAAUGUGUAAUUGCUUGCCUUCAUAAGAUUUUUUAUUGAUGGUUACCAACUUUAAUAA